AUCGUUAGUAUUAUUUCCAGACUCAUAGGGAAACAGCGUAACAAUAACAAUAAUUUCGCGUGCAACAAUUACAAUUACACACACUAAGGUCAAGCCCACACACUCUUUCACUAAUCUUUUCGCAUUCUAAUCCCUAUUUCACGUUAUAUAAUCAUAUUCAUUCUUGUUCCUAUUUCAAUCACUUUUCCAUUCUUAUUCCCAAUUCUCAUAAUUCAAUAAUUCAUUUUAGAUACGUGAAACCGUGUGAUCAUGGGUUUCAAUUCUGUCUAUAGAUCUUUGCUCGAUAUUUUUCCACAGGUUGAUUCGAGGUUGUUGAGGGCAGUGGCUAUUGAACACUCAAAGGAUGCUGAUAUGGCCGCCGAAGUUGUUCUUAUGGAAAUCAUCCCAGCAAUUUCCAAAAAAUUACUUCCAGCAUCCCCUUCACGGGAUACAAAUCCUAGAGUCAUAGUGAACCUGGAAGAUGAAAGUGAAAGUGAAGAUGAAGGGGAGAUAUUGGCUCGUCAUAAGCUUGUUAAAAGUAUGGAUGUUGGUUCUUCUUCUUCUUCACAUUAUGUACAUCAAGAAAUCGUCAAAUCUGCCAGCUCUUCUUCUGGACCAGAUCUGAAUGUUACAGUAACUUCUCCACAAGUUAAAAGCCCUGUAGCAUUUAUAAACCUUGAAGAUGAAAGUGAGGAUGAAGGGAAAAGGUUGGUGCAGUAUCAACCUGUUGAAGAUACUGAUGUUGGGUCUUCAUCAUCAUUGGCAUCAUCAUAUUCUAGACCUGUACAGAUCAUCAAAGCCGCAGAUUCUUCUUGUGGACUGGAUCUGAAUGUAGCUCUUAAUGACUCUACACUUUCAAAUGCCAGUGAGCUAAAUGAUGAAACCAGUCAAUUUUUUGGGGUAAAUAAUGAUGGUAACUUAACUAGAGAUAUCUCUAGUGAAAUUGCCCAGGAAACAUCAAAUGGAUUUUGGCACGAAACUAGUGAAUAUUUUGAUCAGGGACGACUUGUGGAUGUCAUCGUUGAAAAUUUGGCAUCUUCAGGUGUAUAUCACGUGUUGGAGACGGAACAGAUAAAUGUUACAGAGGAGGCUGCCUCCAUGACUAACAAUGGCAAUGGAACUGUGAACAAUCUGAAUGAAGAGUGGGUAGAUUUUGUUCCUACAGCUGAAGAUUAUGAUGCCACUAUCUGCAAUACAAGUCACGGAUUGGAAAAAUCUGAAACUAUCUUGAUCGAGUUAGGAGACUCUGAAGUUCAAACAGUGUCUCAAGUUCAGGGGCUUCCACUAAAUGCUCAAGAUCUUCAGACAGAGUUGAAUACUAAUCAUUCCACCAUUGUUGGCGAAAAUAGUCAUGCUGUAGAUGAGAUUGAUGAGAAUACGACACUUAGCAAAUAUAAUCCAGCAUGCAGUAUUGAUAUGCUUGAGGAGACCAUUGAUGAAGCAAAAACAAAUAAGAAAACCUUGUUUUCAUCAAUGGAAUCUCUUAUCAACUUGAUGAGAGAGGUGGAACAUCAGGAGAAACUUGCAGAGCAGGCCAAUAUAGCAGCGACCACCGGAGGGUUUGAUAUUCUGGAUAGGGUAGAAGAGUAUCAAGCCAUGUUGGUGCACGCUAAAGAAGCAAAUGACAUGCAUGCUGGGGAAAUUUAUGGAGAAAAGGCAAUUCUGGCGACUGAGCUGAAGGAACUUCAAUCACGUCUGUCCAGCUUGUCUGGUGAAAGGGAUGAGUCUCUUGCAAUUCUUGAUGAGAUGCGCCAAAGUCUUGAAUCUCGAUUAGCUGCAGCAGACAUGUUGAGGAAAGCGGCGGAGCUUGAAAAGCUUGAAAAAGAGGAGUCGGCAAGGGCGGCACUUCUGGAACAAGAAGCCAUGAUGGAGAAGGUAGUACAGGAAUCACGGAGACUACAGCAGGAAGCUGAAGAGAAUUCAAAGUUACGGGAGUUCCUGAUGGAUCGUGGGCAGGUUGUUGAUACGUUGCAAGGAGAAAUUUCUGUUAUCUGUCAGGAUAUUAGACUUCUGAAAGAGAAAUUUGAUGCAAAUCUUCCUUUGAGUAAAUCAUUCACAGCAAGUCAGACAAGUUGCAUCUUAGCUUCUUCAGGUUCAUCCCACAAAACUGUGGCAUCUAAUGUGGGUUCUGAGCAUAGUGAUUCUUCCGAAGUACUCAAGAUCACCCAGGCAGCCCCAAUUGUUUUCAAUGGUGGGGAAGAGGAGAGGUCCGAAGAAGAACACAAUGCUCUUAUUGAUGAUGGGUGGGAUAUUUUUGACAAAGAUGCAGAACUGGACUGUGGAGUUUUCUAACUUUUUGUUCUCUCCAAGAGAAGGAAAAAUAUUUCCUACUGCUGUUUAUACCUCAAAAUAAACUUCACAAUUCCUUUGGAUGUUAUUAACUGCUUUUAUAUUUCAGUAUAAAACGGUAUUAGAUGGUAUGUAAUAGCGACACGAGAUCUAGAACAACUUAUUAUCCGUUCAGUUUUGGUUGACUGGUUAUUAUUUCCAAGUUUUGUACAAAAAUUGCUUAAUAGGGAGUCGUUUUGGGAUUUUGUUUAUAA